AUGUAUACUCGACUGAAAUUACUUCAGAAUAAACAACAAGAUGUAUCGACAGUGAUUCAUCUGUAUCUUGCUCAACAAAUGUCAUCGGAUGAACGUCUGCAACUGGAAAAUUCUGUGGAUCACUUGAUAUCGACUAUGUCGUUAUCGACGAGUAUCGAUCGAAUUGGAGCUAGGUUUUUGUUAGGAGAUAAUUCAAGGGUGAUACACGAUAUGCAUCCCGUCUUUUUUCAAAUUACUGCUGAUUCACAACUUGAAAAUGUGAAACCUUUCGCAAAUAUUAGUGGUGAGAGCGCAAUUGACAACGGACAGAAGAUCUUAUUCAUGCUCGGAAGCAUCUUUCGUCUUGAUUCCAUUCGUAAAGAAGGAUAUGUCACUCUAGUAAAAAUGACAAUAUGCUCAGAUGACAAUCACGAUUGUCAAACACUUUUCCAGCAUAUGAGACAAGAAAUUGGCGAAGAAAAUACACUUUUGACACCGGGAACUGUGCUCGGGAAAAGUGGUCGCUUGGAUCAAGCAGAACUUUUUUAUUUUGAAAUGCUGAAAGCGUUGCCGGUCGACGAUGAUCGUAUUGAAAAUUGUUACUAA